UCUGAUCUGUGUGGCUUCUCGUUGUGUGAACAGAACACCCGUGAGACGGCCCAGGCCAUCAAGGGCAUGCACAUCCGCAAGGCCAACAAGUACCUGAGGGACGUGGUCGUCAAGCACCAGUGUGUCCCCUUCCGUCGCUACAACGGCGGCGUGGGCAGGUGUGCCCAGGCCAAACAGUUCGGCUGGACUCAGGGUCGCUGGCCCAAGAAGAGCGCCGAGUUCCUCCUGCACAUGCUCAAGAACGCCGAGAGCAACGCUGAGCUCAAG